CGCCUCCUCACCAGCCCCUUCCUUUCCCACAGUAAACAGGAAGACUGAGCCAAGUCAGACCGGAGACCAGAGAGAGGAGCCAAACACUCAGGAGAAGGAGGACGUCUAAAUAGCUGCAAAUCCAGCAUAAACAAAAGAGAAGUCUGACAAAAGGAAUGAACAUAAGGAGUAAGAAUCACAGAGAGGUGGAGAAACUCCAGUUAACAUCUCAAUACACCUUUGAGGUGGAGAAAUCCGCUAAGAAAAGUUUUAAAUAUAGAGAGGGGGAGCUUUCAAAGCAAACGACAAAGGAAAAGCCUAGGCAGUCUACUAUGGCUGGGCAAGUAUCCAAGAGCUCAGCACAGCGACUCAGCCGAGACCUGACCUGUUCUAUCUGCCUGGACCUCUUCAAGCAGCCUGUCUUUCUGCCCUGUGACCAUACCUUCUGCCAGGCAUGCAUCGCUGGCUACUGGGGGGGCCCCAGAGGCCAGGUCCAGGGGGGAUCUGGAUCCUGUCCACAGUGCAGGAAGGUAUUCCCUGGCCAGAGCUACCGGCCCAAUCGCAUCGUGGCCAACAUAGUGGAGAGCUACUGCCAGGGCCUGGAGGAGAGCGGGGGGCUGCUGGGGGACAUGGGGGUACCAGAGAGGAGCUCUGGCCCUGCUCCUGCCCCACGCUGUGGCCGGCACCGAGAGGAGCUGAAGCUCUACUGUGAGGAGGACCAGGAGCUGGUGUGUCUGGUGUGUGGACUCUCUCAGGAGCACAGGAACCACACCAUGGUGUGUGUCCAGGAGGCACAGCAGAGAUACAGGGCUUCUCUCAACAGCUCCAUGGACUCUCUGAAAGGGGAACUGAACAUGGCCCUGCAGUGUGAGAGAGAGACUGAGGAGGAGGUCAAGAAGCUCAAGGAGCACACAGCGGACCUGAAGCAGCGCAUCGAGGCCCAGUUCAGCGACCUGCACCAGUUCCUUUACCAGGAGGAGAAGCUGCUGCAGGUGAAGCUGAAGACAGUGGAGCGCAUGGAGCUGAUCAGACUAGACGAACACAAGGCCCUGCUCUGUGUGGAGGUCUGCCGUCUGCAGAGGGCCCUGAACGAGAUCGAGGACAAUCUGAGGGUGCAGGACCCCUUUACACUGCUGCGGAAUAUCAAGACCCUGCUCCAGAGGCCUUCUCCGAAGUUUGAGAAGCCUACCCUCACGGCUCCCAGUCUGUGUGAGGGGCGGUUCGCAGGGCCCCUGCAGUACCGAGUGUGGAAAUCACUGAAAGGAAGCAUCUACCCAGUUCCAGCUGCCAUCACCUUAAACUCAAGCACAGCCAACCCGUGGCUCAGCCUGACCUCAUCCCUCACCUGUGUCCGCUACCAGACCUUCAACCACUCUGUCCAGGACAACCCUCACCGCUUCAACGCUGCCCUGUCUCUACUGGGCAGUCAGGGCUUCACCCAUGGCCGCCACUACUGGGAGAUAGAGGUCUACAGCAGCACUGUGUGGACCGUGGGGGUAGCCAGAGAGUCUGUAUCCAGGAAGGGGGUCAUCAAAGCCCUGCCAGCCAAUGGCUUCUGGACCCUGUCCUUGUCCUAUGGAAUACAGUACAUGGCCUGUACAUCGCCCCCUACUGUCCUGUCACUUGAGGAGCCUCUGGCUAGGAUAGGGGUGUAUCUAGAUUAUAAGAGGGGUCUGGUGUCUUUCUACAAUGCAGAGAGCAUGACUCAUCUCUAUACCUUCCGUGAAACCUUCACAGAGACGUUGUACCCCUACUUCAAUCUGGGAUUCCUGGAUAAAGUGCAUGAGAACGAGCCCCUCAAAGUUUUCCUUCCCAAAAUCUGACAGCCGCGGCACGCAUCUAUCUACACAUCGCAAAGCCUGAGGCGAGCCUUAUACUGGUGCUAAACCUCCCUCAGAGUAUAACCGUCAGAUAAUAUGCAACAUAAAAAAACGGACACAAAAUACUACCAUAUUGUUUUGAGAUGUUAACGAGUAAGUAGGCCAACUGUUCAACUUCAGAAAUGUCUCAAUAUCUUACUGAAGUCAUCUUGAUGGGGGUCAGUGAGCUUCAGCAUCAAGGUUUGUUUAAUGUUUUUGUCAUCAUUAUUAUUAAUCCACAAUAACCUUUUGCAAUAUUACAGCGUUAAUUUGUACGGGCCUGGUGUUAACUGAAUGAUGAAUACAAAAUUGCCUUAUUGUCUACAAUGUACGGCAGUUCAGUAUUUUGAGACAAAGGUGCGCCAGUUAUUUGGAUAAGUCAUUUUCAAUGCAUGAUUAUACUUUUCAUGUAAAUGUUGGAUAUCGUCAGUACACUGCAAGAUAUCGUUCAAAAUAAACACUAACUUGUUUUGUG